AUGUCAAAUAAGAAGAAAGGAAAAAAGGCUACCAAAAGGAAGAGAGACAAGGUCACAGGUGCUUCCAAACUUCAGGCUGCCUUAGACACGUCUUACAAAGAGAUGAAGAGAGAUACUCAAGAGCAGGAGGAGAGGCAAAGAAAAGCAGACGAGGCAAUAAUGGAGAGAGAUUGGCAGAGGAGGAUGGCUGUAGAAGAUCAGAGAAGGAGAGAGGACAGAGAGUUUAAGAUGGCGAUGAUGUCCAUGUUGGAACGACAAACAAACAUGUUGGCAAGAGUGAUGGGUGAUCGUCCAUCACAGUCAUACAGCGCACCACCACAUGCAGGAGUAUAUAACAAGCAGGCACAACAACCCCAUUAUCAACCGUAUAAUUUUCAGCAGCCUCAUCCUUUCCUACCUCAAUGGCAUCCAGAACCACACCAGCAACACCAGCGUCCAGAACCACACCAGCAACACCAGCGUCCAGAACCACAACAGCAACACCAACCUCCAGAACAACACCAGCGUCCAGAACCACACCAGCAACACCAGCGUCCAGAACCACUCCAGCAACACCAGCGUCCAGAACCACUCCAGCAACACCAGCGUCCAGAACCACUCCAGCAACACCAGCGUCCAGAACCACUCCAGCAACACCAGCGUCCAGAACCACUCCAGCAACACCAGCGUCCAGAACCACACCAGCGUCCAGAACCACACCAGCAACACCAACGUCCAGAACCACACCAGCAACACCAACAUCCAGAACCACACCAGCAACACCCUAGUCAGGAACCACAUCAGCCUGAAAGGGAGGAUAGAGAUUACAUGCAUCUUUAGCUCGGUUUCGCAUUUUGUGCACAUGUUAAAGGGAAUCCAACUCAAAUAAAACUUUUUUUUAGAACAAAAAUCAGACUAGUAUAUAAAUGAAAGUUUGAAAAUCAUCAGAACAUGAGAAAGUUAAAAACCUUUAAAUAUUUGAAAUAGUAUCUGUGUUAUAUUUUGAUUA